AUGGAAGGAUGCCUUGCCUACCCCUAUCAAAACCAGCAACUUCUCACGCUGUACUGGGGCCUGGCCUGUGUCUAUAGAGGAAAGCAGACCGAAGCUCCCAGGCUGCCCCGCCGCCGCCCCCUGUGGGAGGGCAGCGAUAAGCUGGCCCAGGCCUCUCGGCACGUAGCCCGGAGCUGGCAGCAGUGGCCCCUGCGAAGGGGUGGCCAGGGCCAGGGCCGAGGCCGGGGCCGCAGAGACAGGCCCUGCAGCUCCCCCCCGGGCCCGCCCCACGAACAGCUUGUGCUGGAACCGAUCCUGCCGGCUAAGCCUAGCCGGCUGAGCUGGUGCGGCCCCGCCGCCUCCCCACCAUGGGCGGGAGUGGCUGGGCCGAGAGAUGCGGGGGCGCCGUGGCCUAGGCCAGGGAGGCAGAGUAGACCCGCAGCCCCCGGGCUCGCCCCGCGAGAAGCCCAUGAUGGAGCAGAUGGGUGCAUGAGAGAAGACAGUCACCCGUGGGAGCCCACCCAGUAUGGAGUGGGCUCCUGCAGGAGAUCUGUGGCCCGUGGAGAGAGGAGCCCAGGCUGGAGCAGGUUACUCCCAGAUGACCGUGACCGAUGCAAACACCAGAUAAUGGCUUCCUCAGCUGGAACUCCUCCAUCUUGGCAGAGCCAUGGCUGCUCGCUGAUGUUCCCCCACAGGGAGGGACCUCUCUAUUUGCAGGAUGUUGGUAAAGCUGUUAGAAGCACCACAUGCACCUUGUUUGAACUCAUCAGAAAUAGUUUUUCUGUUGACGUGGGCAGUGAGUAUAGAUUAGAUUACCCUCUAGAUUGUUCCAGUGGUUUCUGGGGCUCCGGCUAA